CGCAUCACUUACAAUUUACGACUAUAGCCAUGAUUGUACUUCCGAUGAACGAGAUCCAAGGAGAGACUUUGCAGCUGGGUUGGAAAGAUUAGAAUGUAUGGCCAACCAUAUCGUUAGGGGAAUGCUUACAACUGUUCACGAGUCAUGGGAACAAGGGCGCGCCGGUUCAGGGUAUAGCAUAGAUCCGCUCGUCAUUCGUAUGCCAACUGUAAGAGAAUUUGGUACAAACACAUUUCAUAGAUCGUCCAUGUCAAGAAAGAGACUAGGCGCGCCCAUCGAACCCUCACCAAUUAUGCGUUUAGCAGUGAUAUGUGCGGAUAAAAGAGGUAGAUUGACAUUCAUUAUUGAGUCGGAGGUGGCCAAAUCGACCUCGCUCAUGGUUGGGUUAGUCGCCGUGGAGGUUCUGUCAGGAGAAUCAACCUAUAUCUCUGAAGAUCAAACCGAGGCAGCCGCGAAGACCGGCCUCUGGCUCUUUCGUGCUAGGCGUUUCUGGAAACGAGAAAGUUCACUCGAAUAUUGCUGGAAACUAGGUGGUCUCGAUCUAAACGCAGUGCCUAACUGGAUGUAUAUCUCAGAAACUGCAUUCAUAAAACGGACGGAUGAAGAGACGGUUGCUUGCAAUGCCGACGACAAUGAGGGGUGGAUAGCAAGACAUAAUCGGGAUGGAAACCGAGAUAUCGACAGGGACAACCGAAAUGAUGAGGGAGAGAAUUUGUGCGGCGAUGAUCCAAAAGGUGAUCAUGCAUGUAUCGAAUACGAUCCCGGAGAUGAAUAUGAUAUAGAGUUUAGAGAAGCUGGAAAGGAAGAGGCACCCAGUGAAUGGUGGAAAGUUUGGCAUUAUGAAGGAGGUGGCAUAAUUGUACGAGAGCAUUGCAGUUUGGAGGACAAAGUUGAGGACGAAGAGCAACUUGGAGUCUUCUAUUACGAGAUGGUCGUGGGGAUCACCUGUAAUCGUCUCUUCAUACAGCUUGAGAUGUUACUACAAGGGGCCUUGGACGAAGAAGAUUCAAUGGAAACGGUAUCUGCAAGGAUAUUCUCGCACAACGAUCUCAAGAGAGCCCGCCAAGUUAGGGGAGAGUUCUGGUAUAACAGCAAGAAGCGAGAUACCCAAGACCCCCUAUCGACAGAACUGUCCACCUUAUGA